GCACGUCCACCGCCGCAGAGCAGAACCGAGAGGGAGAAGAGAAAAGAGCAACAUCACAGUCGGUGGUUUUAAUGAUGUAGUCAGUCGGUAUUUGCUUUGACAUCUAAUUUAGUCCGCCCGAACCUCUCUGCGACAAGGAAAGACCGUCCAGCUGCGCACGAGCCAAGUCGCAUCCUCUCGAAGCCGUCCAGCGUCCACGCGGUCCAUCCGACGGAGAAGGACAAAGUCACCGCGCACGGCUCGUCGUUUAUUUUUGACGGCGCCAUCGGCCCGAUCAGCGUCCAUCUCCAGCAGCAUCUCUGCGCUCAGCAGAAAACAGCAUCCUUCCUCCGCCGCCGCCUCCUCCUCCUCCUCCUCCUCGAAUCUGCGCCAUGGCCGACGUCCCUGCGGAGUGUAACAUAAAAGUGCUUUGUCGCUUUCGUCCUCUCAACCAGUCGGAGAUUGUUCGUGGGGACCAUUUCAUCCCCAAAUUCCAAGGAGACGACACGGUCCUCGUCGGGGGGAAGUCCUACGCCUUCGAUCGAGUGUUUCCGACCAACACCACCCAGGAGCAGGUCUACAACACCUGCGCCAAACAGAUUGUCAAGGAUGUUCUGGGUGGAUACAAUGGCACUAUCUUCGCAUAUGGACAAACCGCCUCCGGGAAGACUCACACCAUGGAGGGCAAGCUGCAUGACCCUCACCAGAUGGGGAUCAUUCCUCGCAUCGCUGAGGACAUUUUCAACCACAUCUUUGCCAUGGAUGAAAACCUUGAAUUCCACAUCAAGGUUUCCUACUUUGAAAUCUACAUGGACAAAAUCCGUGACCUUCUGGAUGUGACAAAGACCAACCUCUCUGUGCAUGAGGAUAAGAAUCGGGUGCCGUUUGUCAAGGGAUGCACUGAGCGUUUCGUCUCCAGCCCUGACGAGGUGAUGGAUGUGAUCGACGAGGGGAAAGCUGCUCGCCACGUUGCUGUGACCAACAUGAACGAGCACAGUUCUCGCAGCCACAGCAUCUUCCUGAUCAACAUCAAGCAGGAGCACGUGGAGACGGAGCAAAAACUGUGUGGAAAACUGUACCUGGUGGACCUGGCUGGCAGCGAGAAGGUCAGUAAGACUGGAGCUGCAGGAGCCGUCCUGGAUGAGGCUAAAAACAUCAACAAGUCUCUCUCUGCUCUGGGAAAUGUCAUCUCUGCGUUAGCUGAGGGCACGAAAAGUCACGUGCCGUACCGUGACAGUAAGAUGACCCGCAUCCUGCAGGACUCCCUCGGAGGGAACUGUCGCACCACCAUGUUUAUUUGCUGUUCUCCCUCCAGCUACAACGACGCAGAGACCAAGUCCACUUUGAUGUUUGGACAACGUGCCAAGACCAUCAGGAACACCGCCUCCAUCAACCUGGAGCUGACGGCGGAGCAGUGGAAGAAGAAGUUUGAGAAGGAGAAGGAGAAGAACAAAACUCUGAAGGAUACUAUCCAAAAGCUGGAGAUUGAGCUCAACCGCUGGAGAAACGGAGAGAACGUGCCUGAGACCGAGCAGACCAGCCAAGAAAUAGUGACCCCUUUCGAGACAGUCGAGGAGCGUCCUAUUUUGGACAACGACACCUCCUCCAUUGUUGUCCGCAUUUCCGAGGAGGAGCGGCAGAAGUACGAGGAGGAGAUCCGCAAGCUGUACAAGCAGCUGGAUGACAAGGAUGAUGAGAUCAACCUGCAGUGCCAGUUGGUGGAGAAACUGAAGCAGCAGAUGAUGGACCAGGAUGAGCUUCUGGCAUCAUCUAAGGGCGAUGGGGACAAGGUGCAGGCCGAACUCGGCAGGCUUCAGGUGGAAAGUGACUGCGCCAAGGCUGAGGUGAAAGAGGUGCUGCAAGCGCUGGAGGAGCUGGCCAUCAACUAUGACCACAAGAGCCAGGAGGUGGAGGAGAAAGGCCUCCAGAACCAGCUGCUGGCCGACCAACUGUCCCAAAAGAUGGCCAGUCUGAUGGAGCUGGAGGCAGAGCUGUCCCGUAUGCAGGAAGUCAGCGGGCAGCAGAGGAAACGCAUCGCUGACGUCCUCAAUGGUCUGAUGAGGGACCUCAGCGAAUUCAGCACCAUCGUGGGCAACGGGGAGAUCAAGCUGCCGGUGGAGAUCAGCGGUGCGAUCGAGGAGGAGUUCACGGUGGCUCGCCUCUACAUCAGCAAGAUCAAGUCGGAGGUGAAGAGCAUGGUGAAGCGCUGCCGCCAGCUGGAGAACAUGCAGCUGGAGUGCCACCGCAAGAUGGAGGAGACCGGGAGGGAGCUCUCCUCCUGCCAGCUCCUCAUCUCUCAGCAUGAAGCUAAGAUCCGCUCUCUGACGGAGUACAUGCAGAGCGUGGAGCAGAAGAAGAGGCUGCUGGAAGAGAGCCACGACUCCCUGAGCGAAGAGCUGGCCAAGCUGCAAGACCAGGAUAACUCCCUGCUUGAGGAGAGGGAUGGAGAAAAGGGUGAGAUCGAGGAGGGAAAUGUGAAGAAGGUUGCACGCCAGCAGGGGGAGUCUCACCGUGGCCUCCAUCACCAGCAGCUGGCCCGCCUCCGGGAUGAGAUCAAUGAGAAGCAGCGGAUCAUUGAUGAGCUCACUGAUCGUAACUCCAAGCUGGAGCUGGAGCUCGCUCAGGUUCGUGCUGACUUUGAGCGCCUGAAGAGUCAGGACACCACCAAGACGGAGCGCCUGGAGGAGCUCUCAUUCCUGCACGAGCGCCAUGAGCAGACUAAACAGGACUUGAAGGGUCUGGAGGAGACUGUCGCCCGCGAACUCCAGACCCUCCACAACCUGCGCAAGCUGUUCGUUCAAGACCUCACGUCGCGGGUUAAAAAAAGUUCCGAAAUGGAGCCUGAUGAUAGCGGGGGGUCUUGCACCCAGAAGCAGAAGAUUUCCUUUCUUGAGAAUAACCUGGACCAACUUACAAAGGUUCACAAACAGCUGGUACGUGACAAUGCAGAUCUGCGCUGUGAGCUUCCAAAGUUGGAGAAACGUCUUCGGUCUACUGCUGAGAGAGUUAAGGCCCUGGAGACUGCACUGAGGGACGCCAAAGAGGGCGCAAUGAUGGACCGCCGCCGCUACCAGCAGGAGGUCGACCGCAUCAAGGAUGCCAUGAGGGCAAAGAGCGCCCUGAGGCGCCCGCACGCAGCACAGAUCGCCAAGCCAGUGAGACCGAAGCAGGUGCCCGUCUGCUCCCCCACCAACCCGUUCUACACUUACAUCCGUGCCACCGAACAGGCCAACACCUACAGCAACGCCUGCUUCCAGGGCAACGGGACACAGCCGAGCGCCCCGAGCGUCCACUGCAACCCCAACUCUGUGCAGAGCAACGCAGUGUCCACAGCGCUGGGCUACAGAGCAGGCAGAUACACUGGAGACAUACUGGAGUCCUUCCCACUCAACAUUGAAAACGGUAACAACACAAGUGAAACGAGAGACAUCAAUGACAACAGAAGUGAUGUUCACUGUGGCAGCGAGGUGGAUGAUUCAAACAGGCAUUACAUCAUUCAGCAGGAGACCGCUGCGAGUUAAUGCCAUGAAGAUGACCAAAAACUGUUCCCGUCCAAGGAUCCUCCCGUGUGCAUGCAGCCUGUCUCCCCAUCCCUCCACUGCAUCAAUGAUGAAGAUGAUGACAACGAAGACCUGUAGCCCCUGUAGUCUUCAAACGUAACGGACUUAACCUCCUGCUCCAACGGUCACCACCUUCAGGUUUGAGGUCCAGUCUCCUUCCAGUUCAGCCAGCACAGGAAGUAAAUUAAAUCACAUUUGUUUUCCUCUUAUAAAAACAGGAAUUUCAACUCCACCAAUCUCACCGUCAAUCAAUUUGUCACAAGAUAUCGCUGACACCGAAUACCUCCUGAUGUGGUUGAACUGAAACAGGGCUAACUCCAUCCCUGACGAUUUAGGAUGUUGUAAAUAAUAGAGCUGUAUACUCCAGUAGAGGUUUCUGACCAGCAACUGUUUGUGUGAAUGCACAGCCUCCCUCGUCCCCUGCACACACCUUCUU